ACAGCGCGGAGACUGGAGCCCUAGAGCCCGCCCGAGCAUCAGAGUGUCCACUAGUCCCCGCUAUCCCGGCCCUGCGCCCCUCCGGCCAUAGCUGCGGAGCCGCUGUCUAGAGCCCCAGCCUCGCCACCAUGAGAGUCCUGCUGGCAUGCCUGCUCCUCUGCGCCCUGGUCGUGAGAGACUCCGAGGGCAGCCAUGAACUUCAUCAAGUGUCUGGUGCAUCAAAGUGUGGCUGUCUGAAUGGAGGAAAAUGUGUGUCCUACAAGUAUUUCUCCAACAUUCAACGAUGCAACUGCCCAAAGAAAUUCCAAGGGGAACACUGUGAGAUAGAUACAUCGAAAACCUGCUAUCAGGGGAAUGGUCACUCUUACCGAGGGAAGGCCAACACUGACACCAACGGCCGGCCCUGCCUGGCCUGGAACUCUGCCACCAUCCUUCUGAAAACGUACCAUGCCCACAGACCUGAUGCCCUUCAGCUGGGACUGGGGAAACACAAUUACUGCAGGAACCCAGACAAUCAGAGGAGGCCCUGGUGCUAUGUGCAGGUUGGCCUAAUGCAGAUUGUCCAGGAGUGCAUGGUGCAUAACUGCUCUUCUGGAAAAAGUGCCUUCUCUCCUCCAGAAAAGUUACAGUGCGGCCAGAAGGCUCUGAGGCCCCGCUUUAAGAUUGUUGGGGGAGAAUUCACCACCAUCGAGAACCAGCCUUGGUUUGCAGCCAUCUAUAGGAGGCACCGUACAGGCACUGUCACCUACGUGUGCGGUGGCAGCCUCAUCAGUCCCUGCUGGGUGGUCAGCGCCACACACUGCUUCAUUGAUCACCAAAAGAGGGUGGACUACAUUGUCUACCUGGGUCGGUCAAAGCUUAACUCCAUCACGCCUGGCGAGAUGCAGUUUGAGGUGCAAAAGCUCAUCUUACAUGACGACUACAGUGCUGACACCCUUGCUCACCACAAUGAUAUUGCCUUGCUGAAGAUCCGUUCCAGCACAGGCCAGUGUGCACAGCCAUCCCGGUCCAUACAGGUCAUCUGCCUGCCCCCAGCGAAUGGGGAUGCCCGUUUUGGCACAAGCUGUGAGAUUACUGGCUUUGGAAAAGAGAAUCCCUCUGACUAUAUCUAUCCAGAGCAGCUGAAAAUGACUGCUGUGAAGUUGGUUUCCCACGAGGAGUGUCAGCAGCCCCACUACUAUGGCACUGAAGUCACCAGCAAAAUGCUGUGUGCGGCUGACCCACAGUGGGAAACAGAUUCCUGCCAGGGAGACUCAGGGGGGCCGCUGGUCUGCUUCACCCAAGGCCGCAUGACUCUGACUGGGAUUGUGAGCUGGGGCCGUGAAUGUGCCAUGAAGGAAAAGCCAGGCGUCUACACAAGGGUCUCAAGCUUCCUGCCCUGGAUCCACACUCACAUUGGGGGAGAGAAUGGCCUAGCCCUCUGAGGGCCCCCAGAGAACCAAGGGAAGAGACGGGUACCACCCACUCCCACAGUGACCGUCAUUUUUGCAGUAGGGCCAUCUGCACAGCUAUAUAUAACGAAGAGACUGAGGAAGAUGAGCUCUGCAGAGGUGGUUUUGCUUGUGCUGCCCAUCAGGGUGAGUGACAGUAGCUUCACCCUCAGAUACACGUCUGGGUGCUGGACGCCCAGAUCUCUCCUGGCCAGGAUGGAAGGGUGGUCCUGAACCAGAAUGGUAUUGUCGUUUUCUGGACAAUACCUGAUGGUAACAAUUUCUGGAGUUAAAAAUGGUAUCUCCUGUGCAUAGGUGGAAGGAGAGCCAGCUCCCUGGCAGUGGGCCAUUCAUGAGGCCCACUGUUGGGAAAUGAAUAAUUUCCCAAUUAGGCAGUGUAACAGAACUGAGGUCUCUUGAGAGAGCUUGGCCAAUGCAGGAACAGUGGUUUGGAGAGUAGGGACACUAAAUGACUUGAGGGAAGGCCUCUGACAUUCCAUGAAUGUAUCAGGAAAUGUUAUAUACGCAUGUGUAUGUUGGCACACUUGUGCACAGACUGUGUCAUUGUAAGAGCUGGUGUUCUGUGUCUGACUGCAAGUCUAGAUACUUCCCCAAAUUGUAUGGACUGUGACAUCACACAGAAUGCCCUGUUUGGAGAGGUUGUGGGGCCUCUUGGGUCUCCCAGGUGAUGAUACAUAUAAAUGUAUCAUUCUGGGGCACACACUGUGACCAGCGCUAAAUUUCCAGUUUCACUUUCACAUAGAUGUCCAUUCUUGGCCAGUUAUCCCUUCUGACCUUCCCGCCGAGUUCAUCCAAUCCUCACUGAGUGAGGUGAGGACCAUUCCUGUACACUGAAUAUUUAAUAAUUAUAUUCUGGUAUUUUUAUUUAUAUGUAUUUUUGUAAUUUUGAAUAAGUAUGGUUGAUCAA